AUCAGAUAAAAAUUUCAGCUUCCGCGUCGAUGCUUUUAUAAAGAAGAUAACAAAAAAAAAAAAAAGAAGACAAUACCGUUGAAUUUUAGUAAAAAACAAAUAGGAAGAUUUUUUUAAUUAAAAAAAUAAAAAUUGCAAGUAUUUGUGCAGCAAAGCUGUUAAUCUUUGCUCCUGUCGAGAAAAAAAAAGGCAUACUUUUAUAAAUACUACAGAAAAUUUCAGUUUUCUAUUUAAUAAAGAAAAAAGGUUUUUUACAUAAUCAUAUUCCAGUAUGAGAGAAAUUAUUCACGUUCAAGGUGGUCAAUGUGGAAAUCAAAUAGGUGCAAAGUUUUGGGAAGUUAUUUCUGACGAACAUGGUAUAGAUCCAUCUGGCACUUAUAAAGGGGAAUCCGAUCUUCAAAUUGAGCGUAUUAAUGUAUUUUACAAUGAAGCAACAGGCGGUCGUUAUGUUCCUAGAGCAAUACUUAUGGAUCUAGAACCAGGAACAAUGGAUUCAGUUCGCGCAGGACAAUUUGGACAAUUAUUUCGCCCAGAUAAUUUUGUUUUUGGGCAAUCUGGCGCUGGUAACAAUUGGGCUAAAGGGCAUUAUACUGAAGGAGCUGAACUUAUGGAUUCUGUUAUGGACGUAGUAAGGAAAGAAGCAGAGGGCUGCGAUUGUUUACAGGGUUUUCAAAUCACUCAUUCCUUGGGAGGUGGUACUGGUAGUGGUAUGGGAACACUUAUGAUCAGUAAGAUUCGAGAAGAAUAUCCAGAUCGCAUUAUGGAAACAUUUUCGGUGUUUCCUUCUCCAAAAGUAUCUGAUACUGUUGUCGAACCUUAUAAUGCAACACUUUCCGUACAUCAACUUGUUGAAAAUGCUGACGAAGUUCAAGUGAUUGACAAUGAAGCUCUCUAUGACAUUUGCUUUCAUACAUUAAAACUUGCAACACCAACUUAUGGAGAUUUAAAUCAUCUUGUUUCAGCAACAAUGUCAGGUGUCACAUGUUGUUUACGUUUUCCUGGUCAACUCAAUAGUGAUUUGCGUAAACUGGCCGUUAAUCUUAUACCUUUUCCUCGUCUUCAUUUCUUUAUGAUUGGCUUUGCACCUCUUACUUCACGAGGAUCCCAAAUGUAUCGGUCACUUAGUGUAUCUGAACUCACUCAACAAAUGUUUUCUCCUCGUAAUAUGAUGUGUGCUGCGGAUCCACGCCACGGUCGUUAUUUAACAGCCUCAGCUAUGUUCCGUGGUCGUAUGUCGACUAAAGAAGUAGAUGAGCAAAUGUUAAGUGUUCAAAAUAAACAAGCCUCCUAUUUUGUUGAAUGGAUUCCUAAUAAUAUCAAAUCGUCUGUAUGCGAUAUUCCACCAAAAGGAUUAAAAAUGUCUGUUACAUUUGUUGGUAAUUCCACGGCUAUUCAGGAUAUGUUUAAACGAGUGUCUGAGCAAUUCACAUUAAUGUUUCGUCGUAAAGCUUUUCUUCAUUGGUAUAUUGGUGAAGGAAUGGAUGAACUUGAGUUUACUGAAGCAGAGUCGAAUAUGAAUGAUCUUGUUGCUGAAUAUCAGCAAUAUCAAGAAGCAACUGGAGAUGAUGAGGGUUAUUAUGAUGAAGCAGAUGAAUUAGAAGGAUAAUUUUAAAAAAAAAUUUUUCAGUAAAAAAAAAAAUUCAGUUGAGUCCAAAAUCAAAUAUGUAAUUUUUUACGAUUGUAUCGUAGCGUUUUUUAUUUAUUUUGAAAUUAAAUAUAAUGAAAAUUUAUUUAUUAAGACUCAGUA